UUUGGUGUUGCGGCCGUUAUGCACUUGACGACUAUCCUGCACUCGGCUCUCAACAUGCAGCCGUUGAACGACAAGCUUGAGGCGUUGGCGGAGAGGAGCAACGAGAAGGAGUUGGGCGAGGCGGAGAACAUUGCUAUGAAGUGGGCGAGCUGGAACAGGCUGAGGUUGGUUACACCGGUUAUUGCUGGUGGGCUGGCGUUGUGGAAUCUGGUCUCCUUGUAA